GGAUCAAAUAACAUCCUAAUUUGCCACAAAUGGUCUUUUGAUCGCUGGCCAUUGCCUUGCAAGGUUGAGAGCUCUUUGCUAGUCAAAUACUGGCUCAGAUAGAUUGGCUGAGACGCAAGCUAUUGCCUGCGUCGAUUAAACUGUGUAAGUUGUCCAAAGAUUAUUUCAUCUGCUAAGAAAGAGGACGUAUUCAGACUCUGGAAUAAUGAGAAGAAAGGCUUUGUUGUUCUCGCUAUUGCUUGCUUUGUCAUUAUUCUCGAUAUCGUACAGCCAGGACGAAACCAGCGAAGAAAGUGAUGUCGAACUAAAAGUCCUCCAAGGACCAAAGGGAGAUAAAGGGGAACCUGGAGAAAAAGGUGAACUAGGAAUAGAUGGCAGACCUGGCCAAAACGGAAGAAAAGGUCGUGAGGGUCGUAAUGGUGCCUAUGGAAAGGAUGGAAAUGCAGGAAGAAAGGGCUCUCGUGGACCACGAGGACAUCCUGGAUACAUAGGAUCAAUUGUUAUUUCUACAAUGAAUUCAGAUAGUAAAGGACCUGGUCCAAAUGGAGGCGAUAAUCGAAUUAUUAUACCGCCUCCUCGUCCUGGUCCACCUGGUCCUGAAGGCAAAACUGGGAAGCGCGGUGUCGAAGGAGAUUAUGGACCAAUGGGACCAGAAGGAGAAGCUGGGGGAAAGGGUGGACCGGGAGCUCCUGGUAAAAUUGGUCCUAGAGGAAAUGAUGGUUUAAUCGGCAACCCUGGUGAUCAUGCUAAUCCUGGAUCUCCGGGUCGAAUGGGAGCAAAGGGACUUAUUGGAGAGAAUGGAAAACCUGGUGCUCGUGGAAGAAAAGGGCAUGCUGGAUGGAAGGGAGAUGUAGGUCCAGUUGGAGAUUCGGGAUUACAAGGAGAUCAGGGCGCUGCUGGUAUUGAUGGAGGACAAGGUGAAAAAGGAACCAAGGGUCGUGGCGGGGUUGCAGGUAGUACGGGACCUCGAGGACAGUUUGGUUCUGCUGGAAAGAAAGGACGUCCUGGAAAAAUCGGAAGUGAUGGUUCGAAGGGUCGUGCAGGUCAUCCUGGUAGUCGUGGUAAGCGUGGUCGUCCUGGUUUAAAAGGACCGCAAGGAAGUGCAGGUUUACGAGGAGAUACCGGGAUCACAGGAGAGAAUGGUAACCGAGGCGACAUGGGGACUAAUGGUCUCCCUGGGGCAACUGGUCACAAAGGACCUACGGGAAAGCAUGGAUAUAAAGGUUCCAUGGGAGACCCAGGUCCAAUUGGUGUUCAAGGAAAAAUCGGGCCUGUUGGUGUUUCAGGAGACGUAGGAUCCGAGGGAUCACGAGGAGGUAGAGGGGAUAAAGGUGAAGUUGGUCCGCAAGGUGAUCAAGGACCUCGUGGUGAUAAAGGCCCACUGGGAGAUACUGGAAUUCGAGGAUAUCGAGGCAACCGUGGAGAGGAGGGAAGACAAGGAGCAAUUGGUUCUAUGGGUCCCGAAGGCCCAGCGGGUCAGCCAGGAUUGACGGGUCAAUAUGGCGAGACUGGUAUUGAUGGUCCAGAUGGUGCCGCUGGUAUAAAGGGGGGUGACGGUGGUAAUGGCCUUCGUGGUCGUCAUGGGUCCAAAGGUUUCAAGGGAAACGAUGGUUCUAUUGGUGUUCACGGAAAGAGAGGGAAAAAAGGCAAAAAAGGUCGAACAGGACAUCGUGGGAGAAGUGGUCCCAAUGGAGAUGAUGGAGAAGAUGGAGACGACGGUCACGCGGGUUCAGCAGGUCGUGAGGGGCUUCAAGGUCUGCAAGGGAUUUCCGGCGUUGUUGGACCUAAAGGUGAAACGGGAAAAGAAGGUUUACCAGGAGAGAAAGGAGGACUCGGUCCAGUUGGACCUUCGGGUUCAGAUGGAAACGAUGGUGGUCCAGGUGUUACAGGUUUACAAGGGUUGAUGGGGCCACCUGGAGGACGAGGUGAACGAGGCAUUCGGGGCAUCGCAGGAGAUAUGGGUGAUGAUGGCGAUGUGGGGGUGCCUGGAAAAGACGGUGCGGAUGGAGAACCGGGUGCGUCAGGUGAUGAAGGUUCUAGGGGCGUGGCCGGUGAAAAGGGUGAAAGAGGUCCAGCUGGUAGUUACGGACCAGAGGGUGAUUCUGGUUCUUCUGGUUUCAAAGGUGCUGGGGGUGGACGAGGCAAUGUUGGUUUAAAGGGUCCUGCUGGACCAGAUGGAAGCGCGGGAAUGGCCGGAAGCUCUGGAAGUCUGGGCUUGAAAGGUCCCACUGGGGUUAUCGGGAUGCGCGGUAGCAAAGGAAAAAUGGGUGAUAAUGGUAAAAAAGGUGGCCGAGGAACCGCUGGUAAUGCCGGGGGGAAGGGACAAGUUGGUGCAGAUGGGGCUGUUGGAGAUGCCGGAUCAAGUGGUGAAAAGGGACCCUCUGGAGAUCGUGGAAAAUCUGGCGGUCCAGGCCGGCGUGGAAAGCAGGGCGAUCGUGGAGACCCUGGGAUGCAAGGUCUGGCUGGGGAGCCUGGCAAACCGGGUAGUAUUGGCAAACGUGGAGAGUCAGGAGAACAAGGAAAGGCUGGAGCGACGGGCGAAAAUGGUGAACAAGGUUUACCUGGUGUAGCUGGAAUGAGGGGUGCGGAUGGCUUUCCUGGACGCCGCGGCGAAGCUGGGAAAAUUGGAGGAGAAGGCGUUGCUGGUGGUUCUGGACCACUUGGUGAUAAAGGAGCAACUGGGAUACCUGGUAAACAAGGUGAUCAGGGGGCAGUUGGGAAUCUAGGUGGUCGUGGUGGAAAUGGUCGCAAGGGAUACCCUGGUCCUUUAGGAUACACUGGAGAUCGUGGAUUGGCUGGACCGUCGGGUGAUCAGGGACCACCUGGUAAACCGGGAGAAGUUGGCGCUCAAGCAGGACCUGGUACUCCGGGACCUGUUGGUGAACCAGGACCUCGAGGGAAACCUGGACUCAGGGGCAAUUUUGGAUUAACUGGAAGGACUGGACCUAUUGGUCCAUCUGGUGCUGCGGGAGAUGAUGGAAAAUCAGGAAGGAAUGGAAAAGAUGGAAAAGUGGGAGAUCAGGGUAAAGAUGGGCCGAAAGGAAUUCGCGGAGGACCUGGGCGUACUGGAAAACCCGGAAAAUCUGGGCUUCCUGGAAAUUCUGGGGAUUCUGGAAAAUCUGGAACUCGGGGAGAACCUGGGGAUCUUGGUUUGCCUGGAGAAUCUGGAGGAAAUGGCGGAGGUGGAAAACCUGGACCCAAGGGAAGUCAAGGGCGACCAGGAGAAUAUGGUCCUCAGGGGAAUUCGGGAGGUAAAGGAUUCAAAGGAGAUCGAGGAGUUGAUGGACCUAAGGGUAUUCAAGGUUCACAAGGUAGAGCAGGUCUUCUUGGAGCUGAUGGGCAAAAGGGUAUGAAAGGUGAUCCAGGAAAACAAGGACUCCCAGGACUUGCUGGUAAACCGGGCGGAAGAGGAAAAAAUGGAGAAGUUGGCGUGACUGGAUUGAAAGGACCAACGGGUGAUGCAGGGACUCUGGGUUCUCAUGGCUCACAAGGUCUUAUUGGUCAAAAGGGUAAUAUUGGUUACGCUGGUUCACGAGGAUCAACCGGUAAUCCAGGACCGAAGGGUCUACGUGGAGCACGUGGUCGUCCUGGACCUCCUGGUCCCCCUGGAACCGCGGGUUACUUGACAUCGUCUAGGUAUCAACAAGUCCCAAGAACAUCUGGCGAGAAAGGUCCAUUUAGAUAUUACCAAGGAAGAACGAAAGACACGAAUGAAAUUGAACUCAGUGAAUCACACAAUGCAAAUAUUGACUUCAAGGAUCAACAUUCCGUCGAAGUCGUAUCAGAAUUAAUACACAUAACAAAAUCGUACAAGAAUCCAGAUGGAUCGAAAAAAUAUCCCGCGCUUACUUGUCAGGAUCUUCGGAUGUUUCACCCGAACUUAGAAAAUGGUCAAUAUUGGGUUGAUCCCAACGGCGGAGCAGUCGAAGAUGCAGUUUUAGUACAAUGUGAUUUUGAAACAAAUGCAACAUGCUUUGCAGCCAAAGCUCAAAAUGUACCCAAACAGAAAUGGCUUAUACAACCGGGUCAGCACGUCUGGUUUCGGAAAGAUCUUGAGAAAACGAGCGAUUUCUACUAUGUUGUUGACGGGAGCCAGCUACGUUUUCUUAAGAUGCUUAGUGUGUCUGGAUGGCAGAGUGUAACUUAUCAUUGUCGAAAUUCACUGGCAUGGGAAGAUGAUAAUGGCGAUCGAAAAUAUUCAAUCAAACUUAAAGGUGACAAUGAAGUCGAAUAUCACGCAUUGAGCCCACGGAAGUUGAGGCCUAAUGUCUUGAUUGACGACUGCAAGAAUAAUGAUGACAACUGGCGACAAACGAUAGUCGAAAUAAGAACUGGUAAUCCUUCAAGACUUCCCAUUCGUGAUGUCGCUACCUACGCAUUUGAUGCAAAUCAUCAAGAAUUUGGAAUCGAUUUAGGAUUAGUUUGUUUUGUUUAAAAUAAAAGGGACCCGAAUAAAAUAUUGCUGGAAAUCAGCGUGUAUAAUCAGAUAUUUGGGCCGAAAUAUGACUAACCACUAGUUAGGUUUCCAUCAAAUAACACGUGUUGACCUACUUUAUCUUUCAUGUUGGUACAUGUAUAGUUAAUUUAGUUUUUGUCAUCUUUCUAGCUUUCAUGUUGGUACAUGUAUAGUUAAUUUAGUUUUUGUCAUCUUUCUAGAUUUCUAAAUAUCCCAGUCAAUGCAACUUUUCUUUGCAUUUCAUUCUUUCUAGCUGACCCCAGUUCAAUGCGUGUUUUGUGUUUCAUUGUGUUUACUGAAUAAGUAUUUUGACUAGAAAUUAAAUAGAACUAUUUUAUGUAUUACAUAACCUUUUAG